AUGGCUCGCUCAUUCCACCGAUUCAGCCUCUUUCUCGUUGUUAGCCUAGUCCUAAUUCGCUCGAAGGUAUGUCACGCGCAACCAGAUCAAGACUAUCCUGAUCCCGCGGGGGACACCACGUUGCCGGAGGACAUGGGCGUCCCUCCGGAUGAGGCCGUCGAUCAAUACGCGGACCCGAAUGCGUUUAACGAAGGCGAAACUGCUCCCACCGAUGCAGUUCCAGGCGAAGAUGCCAUUCCCGGGGAAAAUGCGCCAGAUCCGUUCCUUCCCCCGGAAGACGCCUACCUGCCCGACGAUACUACUCCCGCAGACGAGCAACAGCCUGCGGACGAACCGGCUCCAGGGGACAUCCCAACUGAAACCACCACAGCCCCGGAGGACAUUCCCAGUGAUACCACCACAGCCCCGGAGGAUAUUCCCAGUGAUACCACCACAGCCCCGGAGGACAUUCCCACUGAUACCGCUCCCGUUGAGGACGCAGCCCAGCCGACGGGCACCGCGUCUGCUGCGUUUGCUCCUGACACGACCGACGCUAAUUUCGAUCCUGACGCCGCCACUCCCGUCGACGCGACGGUUCCAACAGAAUCUGCUACCGUGGCUGUUGAUGAUACGGUUACUGCGGGUAAAGGCACGAUGUACGACUUCCAAGGCGCGUACGAGAAGAUGAAGGGCGGCGAUCUCUCCACAGAGGCCAUUAUUGGCAUCGUCGCUGGGGUCUGUGGUGGCAUGGUCCUCGUCAUGUGCUGCGCGUGCAUCUGCUGGAUCCGUCAACGCAACAUCUGGCGAGCCAAAUACGGAGAUGGCAAUGCAGGAGCAAUUGAGAUUGUGGGCCUGGGCAUCAGCGGGCUUCCUUAUCUUCCAUUCCCGUUACCGUCCCCUCUCUCCCCCCUCGAUUUCUCCCAUCGUGACGGUGGCGGUCAGCGGCUGCUAGCGAGCGACGGAGGUAGCGGGUGUGACGGUGGCAUUGGGCUUCUACGCGACGGGUGGCGAUCGGUGGCGUACAUCGGCUUCCCUCCCUCCCGUCCCUCAUUUGCCCCUCGCACGUCUUCCACUCCCACUCCCGCCGUCCCUACCCUUAUCUUCUUCCCCCCGUUUCCGGGAUGUCCGGCGCAGGAGACGCUGCAAUGGUCUCGGCGGAGUAAUCUUGUCCGGUUUCAGAUCUACCGGAUAAAUCAGCUGAGAUCAGACUUUCGCCGAUUCUUGCAAUCGCAUCAACUCAACAUGGCUCUGACGUCAUCAUGUCGGAUCCUGGUCGUUGCGGUGCUGAUUGCGUGUAUGGCGUCGUCAGCAUGGGCCAUGUAUUGCGGCGACGAUGACUGCUACGACCUUCUCGGGGUCAAGCAGACAGCGACACAGCAGGAGAUUAAGAAGGCCUACUACAAACUGUCCCUCAAAUACCAUCCAGACAAGAACCCAGAGCCCGACGCGCAAGCCAUAUUCGCCAAGAUUGCCAACGCAUAUGAGAUUUUGUAUGAUGCGGAGAAGAGAGAGCAGUAUGACUAUGCCAUCGCCCAUCCAGAGCAGUUCUUCUACAACACUGCUCGCUACUACCAAACUUAUUAUGCUCCUAAGACGGACAUUCGAGUCAUCCUGCUUGCAGCGCUGUUGCUGCUUUCGUCCUUCCAGUACCUCAACGAUCACAUUCGAUACAACCAGGCCAUAGAGCACGCCAAGCAGACCCCGGCCUAUCGCAAUCGCCUGAAGCAACUGGAGCUGGAAAGGGCUGCAGCUGCUGCUGCUGCCACCAGUACCACUGGUGGAGGCAGAGGGAAGCGCGGAGGGGGCCGGCGUGGAGGAAGAGCAGCUGACGCCCAACAAGCUGGAGCAGCUGCUGCUGCACCCCCAGAGAAUGAAGUGGCAGAGCUCGAGCUUCAGGUGCAUGGAGCUGACAAGCCGUGUCUGUGGCGGCUUUUUGGUGUUCAAGUUGUCAUCUUCCCGUAUGUUACUGCCAAGUUGAUAUGGUGGCAGGUGCAGUGGUUCCAUCGCUACACCAUGCGCCGUGCGCCUCUGGGAUGGAACGAUGCUUGCUACCUCACACGCACCACUCUGCGUAUUCCUGCAGCUCACUGGAGCUCCAUGGGGGAGACUGCCCAAGAAAGGCUUGUGGAACGGAGGCUCUGGAUCAAGCAAAACCUGAAUGAUUAUCGAGAGGAGCUUUCCAAGUCCGUGAGACGUAGACGCUAA